GUAUGGACCAUUAAUGUGUACACUCCAAAAAUUGUCUAUUUGAAAAGAUGAAUUCAAAUGAGAUGAAGAUUCGAGGGGAAUUAGAAAUGGAUGUUGAAAGGGAUUUAGAGGAUGAAAUUAAAGAAGGAAUGUGCAGAUUAGCAUUAAGAUUACAUAGGCUUUACAAACAUCAAGAGGAAAGGAACACAAAGAAUUCAAUUGAUGACCAUGGUACAAGAGACAAUACACGAGGUACAAACACUAAAGCGCUCUCUGAAGUGAACAUAAAUAUAAAGAUGGAAGGAGGGACAAAGAUUGAAAUAAAAGAAAUCAAGAAAGAAGCACGUCAUCGGAGUUCUUAUAAGGCAUCGAGUAAGGUGCAGAGAAUGGUAAGCACUCGUCCACCAAAAUUUGACUGGACGCAGAGUUUAAGGUCUGGAUCGACUCCUGUCACUGGUUAUGAUAAGAUCGAUACUUUCAGAAAGAAGGUUGGUCAACAAAAUGUUAAAGUUGUCGAAAGUACUGAGAAAAAAUCUACUAAAGGUUUAAAGUAGAGAGGGGAGAGUUUAAAAUUUGGAAGUCAAUAACAUAAUGUUAAAG